UCCACAAGCCUUUCACAAUGAUUAUUUGAUGCAUGAUUCAUUUCUCAGUACAACCUGUCUAUUCACAGCGAAAGAUUGAACUGAAAGGACUGAUGACGACACUCACAUCUUUAAUCUCAGAUUAAUCAUUUUUUAUACUUUUUCUUUUUUUCGCUUCCCCUGGGCUUCCUCUCUCUCUCCCUCUCUUUAUCCCUAGAAAAGAAUAUGGUUAACAGUGCUGUUGCAAACGUUGGACGUUGGUCUGCUUUAGCCUUCGGUCUCUUUUAUGGCUAUACUCACAACAUUAGCUUACAAAAGCAAGCUGAACAAAAGAAGAUCGAAGCUGAAUACCACCGCAAAGAACUCUUGAUUGAACAAGCAAGAAUUGCUUAUGCUAAACAACACGCCAGUUCAACCGCUGCUGCUGCUACUCCUAUUACUACUGCCACCAUUGAUGUUGACAGCCCUGAUUUUGAUUUGGAAAAGUAUCUUAGCCAAUUUGAAAAAGAGAACUAAAAUUGAUAUUUGGAAUAAAAAUAGUAUUGAAUGUAUAAAUGAUUGACAACAAUGAAGCGUUAUUAUUAUCAUUAUUUAUAUGGAAAAAGAUAUGGG